ACGCCUUUAUAAAUAUACCUAAAAUUUCUUCGUGAACUGCUCAGCUGCUGUCUGCCUGAAUCAUUAUCAAAUUAAAAUAUUACCAUCAAGACCCAGACAGCCAUUCUAUCAGUUAAUCCACUGCAGCAAGUCAACUUCCCACCUAUACACCAUGACCGAAACCACCCAAUUCCACCAAUUCCCCUACCUCCCUCCCGAGCUCCGCACCAUGAUAUGGAAAGAAGCCCUCCCAAAACACGACACACCAGCGCUAUACCCGUGGAAAACGGGAUACUGGCAGCCACGCCCACUCCAGAAAUCAGACGAAGCGUGGGGGCAGCACGAGGACGUGCAUCUGUUUCUCGAGUUCCGGCAUGACCUAUUCGACCAUGUCCAGGUUGAUAUUCCGUUGUUUUUCGUGAGCCAGGAGGCGCGCGAGCUUGCGUUGGCUUGGAUACAGAAGCAGGGUAUUCAUAUCCAUACCCGUAGCCAUAUCCAAGGCCAGAGAUAUUUCAAUCACAAGCAAAGAGAUGGCAAUGGCAAUGACAAUGACAAUGGCUACAUCUUCACCCGCCCUUUCAACUCCCUAACAGACGCACUGUACAUCCCCGUGGACAAGAUGGCAGAUUUCUACAACGACCCCAUCCACCGACUCACCGAGCCCGAUCUGAUAGGGCAGAAAGCCUGUGUCGCCCCUGAUACUGCGCGGAUUGCUUUUUCCGCCGACCUAUUUCUAUACGGAGAUGUAUCGACAAUAUCGGAGCUGCUGAAGUGGUAUACUGUUUUGGACGUGCUGUUUGUGGUCGUGGAUCCGCAGCCUUGCUGGGAGGAUGCAGAUGCAGAUGCAAGUUCUGAUUCUGGUAUGCAGCAGGUCCAGGGGGAGCGAUGGGAGGUUGAGGGUAAAGAGAAGAGGACGGGGAUGACGUUUCUGUAUAGUCAUAAGCGGAAACGAUUUGAUCUGUGUGGUGGAGGUGAAGUCGUCGGUGAUGAGGCAUUGUAUGAACGGAUAGAAGAGGCAGCGAAAUAUCUCACUGGGAUUGCUGCUAAAAAGAAGAACGGGAGAUUCGAGAUUCGGCCUGUUCUUGCUGCGAGGAGAUUAUAGAAUCCAUACAUAAAAAGCUCACUUUGAUAAUUCUUCACCUGUUGUUGAUGUUCACUUUUGUAUAUCCCCUGCAACUGCCAAUCUCAGUCUUGGAUUGCCUUCCAUGCGUUAGUUGCUGUCGGUGCCUUUGGCAGAGCCAUGACACAUUGAAUAGAUGUCGUUGCUGUUACAUGGAACAGAAUUAGCUCCGAAGACCAACUGCUCCAACUAUUAUAGUUGUUCUCGCUUAGCUAUCUUGGUUGUAGCAGCGUGAGGGGGUUCUGAUUAGCGUGCCUGGCGAUGCAGAUCUG